AUGAAUUUAAGACACGGAGGGAAUCAGUAUAAUUUCGCUAUCAGAGGCACAUUCGAAAAUCAGAAGGAACAUUUCAGGCAAGAUAAGAUUAUAUAUGAAAAAAUGUCUAUUUUCAAUAAGCAUACUUACUUAUCUCAAUAUCCCUCAUGUAAUUCAGAAAAGCCCUAUAAAUGUAAGGAAUGUGGGAAGACCUUUAGACGAGCCUCACACCUAACUCAACAUCAAAGUAUUCAUACUGGUGAAAAACCCUAUGAAUGUAAGCAAUGUUUGAAGGCCUUUAGUCGUGAUUCACAGCUCAUUCUUCAUCAGAGACUUCAUACUGGUGAGAAGCCUUAUGCAUGCAAGGAAUGUGGGAAGGCCUUUACUCAGAGCUCACAACUGAUUUUACAUUACAGAAUUCAUACUGGUGAAAAACCAUAUAAAUGUGAACAAUGUGGAAAAGCUUUUAUUCGUAGUUCACAACUAACCCGACAUCAAAAAGUCCAUACUGGAGAAAAACCUUAUGAAUGUAAAGAAUGUGGGAAGGCCUUUACUCAGAACUCACAACUUACACUGCACCAGAGACUUCAUACUGGCGAGAAACUCUAUGAAUGUAAAGAAUGUGGAAAGGUCUUUACUCAGCUUUCACAACUUAUUCUACAUAAGAGAAUCCAUUCUGGUGAAAAGCCCUAUGUAUGUAAAGAAUGUGGGAAAGCUUUUAUUUGUGGCUCACAGCUUUCUCAACAUCAGAAAAUUCAUAAUGGGGAAAAGCCAUAUGGAUGUAAAGAAUGUGGGAAGGCCUUUAUUCGUGGCUCAUUACUUAUGCAACAUCAGAGGAUUCAUACUGGUGAAAAACCCUAUAAAUGUGAACAGUGUGGGAAGGCCUUUAUUCGUGGUUCACAACUUACUCAACACCAGAGAAUUCAUACCAAUGAGAAGCCCUAUGAAUGUAAGGAAUGUGGGAAGACCUUUAAUCAUGGUUCACAACUUACUCAACAUCAGAGGAUUCAUACUGGUGAGAAACCCUAUCAAUGUAAUGAAUGUGGAAAAGCUUUUAAUAGAGGCUCACUACUUACUCGGCACCAGAGGACUCAUACUGGUGAAAAACCCUAUGAAUGCAAGGAAUGUGGAAAGACCUUUAGUCGUGGCUCAGAACUUACUCAACAUGAGAGAAUUCACACUGGUGAGAAACCCUAUGAAUGUAAGGAAUGUGGGAAGUCUUUUAUUCGUGGUUCACAGCUUACUCAACAUCAGAGAAUUCAUACUGGUGAGAAACCUUAUGAAUGUAAAGAAUGUAGAAUGGCCUUUACUCAGAGUUCACAUCUUUCUCAACAUCAGAGACUUCAUUCUGGUGAGAAGCCUUAUGUAUGUAAUGAGUGUGGAAAGGCCUUUGCUCGUGGCUUACUACUUAUACAGCAUCAGAGAAUUCAUACAGGUGAGAAACCUUAUCAGUGUAAGGAAUGUGGGAAGGCCUUUAUUCGUGGUUCACAACUUACUCAACAUCAGCGAAUUCACACAGGAGAAAAACCCUAUGAAUGCAAGGAAUGUGGGAAAGCCUUUAGUCAUGGUUCUCAACUUACGCUACAUCAAAGAAUCCAUACUGGUGAGAAGCCCUAUGAAUGCAAAGAAUGUAGAAAAGCCUUUACUCAGAGCUCACACCUUUCUCGACAUCAGAGAAUUCAUACUGGUGAGAAACCAUAUCAAUGUAAGGAAUGUGGGAAGACCUUUACUCGUGGUUCACAGCUAACUCAACAUAAGAGAAUUCAUAUCAGUGAGAAAUCUUUUAA